AUCUCUUGGAGGUGGGGUGCUGUAAGUCAGUUUGAUCAAGUCGCGCUAAGGACAGAUACGUGUGGCAACGAACGCUGCUCGUCUCAGUCUCUCAGAAUUAAUCGAUCAAACUUCCAUCUGAAAACGAAAGCGGUGGUAGCCUGAUUCAGUGCAGUGAGUCCCCUUUUCCUUGCAGCUAAGGACAAGAUAAACCUUCCAACUCCGCACAUCCCACAUUGAUGUGGUACAGGCAGGAUGACAGAGGAGGUGAUUGUCAUCGCCAAGUUUGACUACAUAGCCCAGCAGGACCAGGAGUUGGACAUAAAGAGGAACGAACGUCUGUGGCUGCUGGAUGACUCCCAGUCGUGGUGGCGAGUUCGCAACAUCACCAACCAGACGGGGAUGGUGCCCUCUAACUACGUGGAGAGGAAAAACUGUGCCAGGAAAGCCUCUCUUGUGCAAAAUUUAAAAGACACUCUAGGUAUUGGGAAGGUGAAACGAAAGACAAGCAUGAAGGACUCGGCAUCCAACGCAGACACCGACAUGAUUGGAGACAAUGGCGAACGCCUGUAUGACCUGAACAUGCCCGCUUUGGUCAAGUUCAGCUACACGGCCGAGCGAGAGGAUGAGCUGUCCCUGGUGAAAGGAACAAGGGUCAUCGUCAUGGAGAAGUGCAGCGAUGGCUGGUGGCGAGGGGGCUAUAAUGGUCGUUCGGGGUGGUUCCCCUCCAACUACGUGACGGAGGACAUGGAUGGAUCAGCGAGCAACGACCUGACCGGGUCACUGCGGGAGAAGCUUGGGUCGGUGGUGCCCAUGACCAACGGCAGCAGGGCGCUCCACACUGUGGAGACUCUCUAUCCUUUCAGCUCCAGCAAUGACGAGGAACUCAACUUCGAGAAAGGCGAGAUCAUGGACGUGGUGGAGAAGCCUGAGAAUGACCCAGAGUGGUGGAAGUGUCGCAAGCAAGACGGCCAAGUUGGCCUGGUGCCUAAGAACUAUGUGAUGGUCCUGCAGAAUUCCGACCAUGAACAACAGAAUGCAGGGCCACCCCCUCCAGACCGAGACUCCAUUGGACCCUCUUUGAGUGGGAAGUUUGCAGGCAGGCAGUGGUACUAUGGCAGAGUCACACGUCACCAGGCAGAAGUGGCCCUCAACCAGAGGGGUGAAGAGGGAGACUUCCUCAUCCGUGACAGUGAAUCAUCGCCGAAUGACUUCUCCAUUUCUCUGAAAGCACAAGGCAAGAACAAGCAUUUCAAGGUCCAGCUUAAGGAUGUGUUGUACUGUAUCGGGCAGAGAAAGUUCAGCUCUAUGGAGGAGCUAGUGGAACACUACAAAAAGGCCCCGAUUUUCACCAGUGAGCAAGGGGAGAAACUCUAUCUCGUAAAACCCAUGUCCUGAUCCUGUGCUUUACCUAGCUUAAAUCUCCUCUGCCUGGCUGUAAAGAAUGGGAAUUUCCACCAUUUUCACAAGAUGGGAGAAACAGACUUUCCAUUGGACUUCCAUUUGUCAGCAUCAUAAUGGAUGAUAUUCAGAUAUCCACAGUCUUGUUUUGGCUGGGUAUAUUUGUCUGUAUGUUGACCUGUACUGCAAAUAUGUUUCUCUUAAUAUAUGUUUAGUUACUCCUCCCUCAAUCUGAAAUCAAUCUUAUCUCCCUGUGAAUCUAUGUUUUAUUUAUCUGUGAUCGCUAUGUAUACUAUGAGCAAAUCAUUCUCUCCUCAGUCGUAUUAUUCCUAAUUAUACUUAAAACUGCAGAAUGAGUCUGAUCAAAUAAUGGACUUUCAGACCCCCUUGUUUAUAAAGGAUCAGAGCUUAUACCAGGAAAUCUGAGAGGAUCUGAGUAAGUGCAUCUGAAGCAGCUGUUUUUGAUGUCAAACCACCAUCUCACUUAAACUGUGAAAACCUUUGUUCUAUGGUUUCUGGUCAUGUUAAAAUAGCCCAUAAAUAUUUGUCAGCCUCCCUGCAAGUACACUAUUUGGUAUAGGGUGGUAUAGCCUACAAAAGUUGUAUUAAAACAAAAUAAAUCUCUCAUGCAAUCUGCACAGACGACUGUUUAGGGAUGUUGAGGAAGUCAGCAUAUACUGUGAGUGUAUAUUUUUUAUAGGGUCUACAUUUAGUUUGAUGGCCACAGAAUACAAUUUCCAUGUGUUUUGGGGUUCAUCAUGGGUAUGGAUUGUGUACAGAUAAAUGUCUGGUGUCUUCAUGUACAUCAGAAUGACAGAAGGAAGGACUUACUUGGGAUGGCUCUGACAAUUGGUUUUGAUCUAAGAAUACUCAUCGGUCUUGUCUUAAGUCAUGUGCCUGUUAGUUGGCGGAACCAUGCUGGUACUGUUUUCAGUUAAUGUUUGGCAAGUUAAUAAUCAGUGUAGAAGUCCUGGUGCCAUGGGAAAGUGCAUUCAUAUUGAACCACAGGUUCAACAGUUUGCCAAUAGAAGACAAUAGAUGUUGGUCUUUCCUUGGCAUGCUUAAGUGAAUGGGGAAUAUGACCUGCACAGUGGAAGAGACUGAUUGUUUGAGGGUAAAGCUAUAUUAUGAGGAACAGUUGAAAUGUUGAGGGUCAGUGGCGAAAUGGUUAUGCAGGUUAUGAAGUCAUUCUUUCAGAGGCAGGCGUUUUAAUCUGCUCCAUGUUACUGCAUCUCAAAAUAUCUUAAAUCCACAAUGAACCAAAGCUCACCAGUCAAUCUUUUACUAUCAGAAGCUUUAAACUCCUGUUUUCAUGUCCUAGAUGCUACAAAAGUAGAAUCUGUUAUGAGGGGGCCCUGGUUUCAUUGCUCUGCAGUAAUGAAGUGGGGAAGAAAAUCACACUUGUUCCAUUGACAAUUUUGUACGGACACAGAUUGUUUUCAAGCUAGAGUUAGUGUAACAAUAGAUUUUAUAUUUUCUAAAAAUGUAGACAUGAAGAGCAAGUGACCUUAACUUAUUUUAGAUGAUUGCAUUAACCAGUUGUGUACACUUUUAGACAACCUUUGAAUUGCUUAUUUUUAUAUAGCACUUUCACAGACCAUGUUUCUGUAUUACAUUUCUCUUGCCGUGUCAAAUUCUACCAGACAGCAAAUCUGCCCAGACAUUUCAGUUAAAAGGUGACCCCUGGAAAUGAAAGGGAUUGUUAAUACUGUAAGCAAAAAUGCAUUCACCUUUGACACUUUCUUAUUAAGUGUAGGUGGUCAGACAUUUCAAUAAGCAUUAGAUGUCCAAAACAUUUUCCUCCACUAUUUCAGAUUUUAAAAUUGUAUCACAUUAUUCACAUCAUUUAUGGACAUUUGGCAUUUUCUAUUGUUAAUAAAGCAGUUGAAUGAAAUUA